GCGGGCCAUGGCGAGCGGGGGCUCGGUGGCGCCGAGCUCGGGCUUCCUGCAGCGCCGGUUGCAGAGUUGGCAGGAGACGCGGCACCGGCAAGCGGUGCUGGUGCGGAAGCUGCAGGCGAAGGUCCUGCAGUACCGGACUCGCUGCCGAGAGCUGGAGCAGCAGCUGGAAGCAGGAGGGGGAUCCUUCCCUGGCAGGUGGGAAGCCACAGAAGACCACAGCCUGGAGAAAGCCUUGCUUCAGGUGGAAGAGGAGCAACAAAGGUGUGAGGAUCUGGCUGAAGUGAACACUCUCCUGCGGGAGCACCUCGAGAAAGCCAAUGAGGUGAAUUCAGCCCUCAAAGAAGAUGUUGGAAAACUGACAGCAGAUUGGAUGAGAGCACGGGAGGAACUGGAAAUGAAGGAGAGAGAAUGGCACCAGGAACGUGAGCUUUAUGACAACUAUCUAAGGGGUGAACGUGACCGUCUGCUCGCCCUGUGGCAUCAGGUGGUCACCUUCCGCCGUCGUUUCCUGGAAAUGAAGACUGCCACGGACCGAGAUUUGUCCGAGCUGAAGGCAGAGCAAAUGAGGCUUUCUGGAUGUGUCAUUGUCAACUGCUCCCGUCUAAACUCCGUCGUACAGCUCCGGGAGUCCAUCACUUUGGGCAGACCUGUCCUAAAGGAUCAGGCACAGCAGGAAGCUGGACAGGACAUGAACCAGAAGACUCUGGAAGUGAUGUCAUUACAAGCCAAGGGGGACCUGGAGAAGAAGGAACUUCAGGACAGGGUGAUGGAGCUCUCAGCCUUGCUUGUACAGUCUCAGAAGCAGAACGAGGAGAAGGAGAAGACCAUGAAAACACUUAACGACACUGUGGAGAUUCUAGAAGCAAGUCAGUUAGAGAGAGAAUAUGAAGCUUCGUUGAGUAAAAGUGCCAAAGAAGAGAAUCUUUCCCUGCAAAAGCUAAUAAAAAAUAUAACUGAGGUGGUGUUAGAUGACAGCGACAGCACGGUCGGUGUUACCUGCUCUGAUGGUUCCCAGCAUGCAGAGUGCAGCAACCUUCUCUCUUGUCUGAGCUCUGCUGGUGCAGAGUGUGCCUUUGUGGUGGUUCAGGAAGCACUGGCGAGGAGGCGAAGAGCAACACAGGCCCUAAAAGAAGAGCUUUCUGCCAGGCAGGACUCUAUCAGUUUGCUGCAGCACCAGCACAGGCAGCAGGAAGAGAAGUGCAGGAAGCUGCAGCAAAGGCUUGAGCAACUGGAAGAGGAAUGUAAGAUGUCCAGCAGCCACCAGCAGCACCUCCAGUCUCUGGUAGAAGCACUCAGAAGUGACUGUGCAAACCUCGAGAAAACCAGGGAAGAGCUACAGCAGCAGCUUGAAGCAACAGAGCGCGAAGCCUCGUGUCUGCGUCAAACUAACACUGAACUGCAGCUGAAGGAAGAUUCAGCCCAGGGGGAAAAGAUGGAGCAGCAGGAGAGGAUGGAGAGAGUGCGUCGUGACCAGGAGCUCCUACUGAAGGACUUGGCGGCACUUGAAGAAAAACAGUCCUUAUUACAGCAUGAGUUUGUAGUUGCGAGAGAGAUGCUGGAGGAAUCACAUCUUCAGAGGGAUCUGCUGAAGCAAGAGAACCAUGAGCUGGCCGUGGCCCUGGAGAAGGCAGAGCAGUCCGUGGCAGAGCUGACAGGGGCUCAGAACAAGCUGAGAGCUGAAAUAGCUGAUCUACGUGUUGCAACAGCGAACAUGAGCGGUAUCAAUGAGGCUCUUGCUUUGGAUAAAGUGGAACUGAACAAACUUGUGCUGCAGCUGGAGCAAGAGAAUGAAGCUCUGUUGGGUAAAGUGGAGGAGAUGGAGAGAGCAAAGGUCUCUGCCCAGGAGAAGCUGAGCUUGCAUGAAAGAACAAAUGGAGAGCUCUGUGCAGAGAAAGCCCACCUGGAGCAGCUGCUGAAGGAAGCAGAGGAGCAACAAGAGGGGCUGCGGGCAGCGCUGAGGAUCCUGGCAGAGGAGAAGGAAGAAACCCAAGAGAAACUCAUCCAGGUUCACCAGCAGGAAGAGUACGCUCGCAGUGGCCUGGAGCAGUUGUGCCAGGAGUCCUCUGGCCAAGGGCAGGCACUGGCCGAGGUGUCCGCAGAGAAGGAAUUGCUGGUGCGGGAGAAGGCUGCCCUGGAGGUGCGACUGGCAGCCGUGGAGCGGGACAGAGAAGGGCUUUCCGAGCAGCUGGCAGAGGCCAGGACAGUGAAGGAGACCCUGGAAUCCAGCCUGUUUGAGGCUCAGCAGCACUUAUCUCAGCUGGAGAUCUCCAGGAGUCAUCUUGAAAUCCAGCUUCACACAGUCACGCAAGCCAAGGAGGUGAUACAAGGGGAAGUGAAGUGCCUUCAAUGGGAGCUGGAAGCAGAGAGAUCUCUCCUGAAGCAGGAGCAGGAAGACAUGGUGCAGCAGCUCCUGCAAAAAGAACAGCAGCACGACGACACCCUCAGGCUUCAGGAGACCCAUCACAAAGUGGAGAUAAACAAGCUUCUGCAAGAGCUGGCAAGUGAGCGGGAAGGGCACCAUUCAGAGCUGCAGGUGAUGCUGGAGCAAUGGGAAAAAGAGAAGGCAGAGACAGAAGGUGAGCAUGAGAAGAAAUUGCUUGAUAUGAAGCAGGAAGUUGCUACCAUGCAAGCUGAACAAGAAGAGCAAAGAACAAGAAUGGAAAAUGCCAAGCAAGAGGUCCUGCUAGAAAAGGAGCGUGAGAAGAAUGCUUUGUUAGAGACACUACUGCAAACCCAGGGAGAGCUAAGAGACGCCUACCAGCAGGUCGAGCAGCUCAGGCAGGAGGUGAAAGAGCAGCAAGAGAACGGGCAGAACAUCACAGAAAAGCUGCAGGAAACUCAGGGUGAGAUCAAGGCAGUGGAGAAGAGGCACAAGGAAGAAAUCAAAACCAUCAAAGAGGAAAUGAAUGUCUUGCUUCAGCAGAGGGAUGCUCUACAAAAACAGGUGGAAGAGUUGACAUCUCAGCUAGCAGCCUCCGAGGAGUCCCAGCAAGAGACUGGCCGCAGAGCUCAGCAAGAUCUGAGUGAGGCACAAGAGCUGUCAAGGCAGAAAGUGCUGGAGGUGGCGCACCUCCAGAAGAUGCUGGAGGAGAAGAGGAGUCAAUGGGAGGAGGUUGAAUGUCAGAACAAGGAGCUGCAAGUGUGUCUGCAAGCCUUGGAGGAGGAAAAAAGUCGAUGGGAAGAAGUGAAGCAUCACAACACAGAAUUUCAGGCUUCAUUGAAGGUCCUAGAGUGUGAAAAUGCCAGGCUGACUCUGUCUCUGGAAGAGAAGGAACUGAGCCUCAGGACCCUGGAAGAAGACAACCUUGCCCAGCACAACGAGAUCCAGUCGCUGCAGGAGGUGGUGCUGGAGAAGGAGGCCAGCCUGGCAACGCGAGAGGAGCAGCUGCUGCAGGAUCUGGAGGAGUCCCGAGCAGGCCAGCGGUGCCUGAGGGACUCUCUGCGCAUGCUGGAGGUCGAGACGUCUGAGCUGCGCCUGAGGCUCUGUAGCACAGAGAACAGAGCAAAGGCCUUGGCCACGGAGUGUCAGCAGGCCAGCAGUGCCCACUGGGAAGCCCAGUCCCAGCUGGAUGAACUGCGCUUGGUUCUCCACCACCUGAUCUGCGACAGUAGAGACUUUGUCCCUUGGAGUUCAGAACAGGGUAAUGUCUGGGACCCGACUGUUUCUCAGGCCAAGGACCUCCCUGCAGAGCUCACGGUGGACAGGGUGACAGCAGCCCUACAAGACCUGCGCCAGCACCUGAAGCAGACUCAGCAAGAUCAGAAUGAUGCAAGGAAGAAGAUACAGGACUUGGAGCUGGAGCUGAGUGAGAGGCAAGCUGAGAGGGACCAUUUCAGUGCCCACAAUCAGGAGCUGCAGAAACAGUUGGCUCAAAGCCAGGAAGAGAUCCAGGUGGCAGAACGCAAGAGGAACUCUCAACAAGCUGUCCUGCAGGAAGAGGCUGCUGCUCUAAAGGAGAAAGUUGUAGCUCUACAUCAAGAGGUGGCAGCUUUGGAACAGAAGCUUGAGAGCACUGAGAAGCAAAGGAAGGAUGUCCUGCAUGAACGGGACAGACUGCAAGCAGCUAAAGAAAAACUGGUAUGGGAGGUAAAACUUCUUCAGGAAUCAGUCACAGCCUCUGAAACCCGAGCAAAUACAGCAACAGAUACGAAUCACUCCCUCGCACAAGAACUCCAAACUACACUGUCCAUCUUAAAAACGAAAAAUGAGGAAGUGGAAAUACAGUGGGAGAAAAUCCAGAUGCUCCAGAAAGAGGCAGCAGAGGUGAAAGCUUUGCAGGAGAAUCUCACUCAUGUGACUGCCAUCCUAUCAGAGCGGGAGGGAGAAAUGAAGUUGUACCAGGAAAAGAUGAGAAUGAUGGAAAAGCAGAAAGAAAUGCAUAAAACUACUCUUGAUGAGAUUAUGAAGGAAAUAACAGAGAAAAAAGAGAAGACAGAAUCCCAGCAAGAACAGAUACAGGAGCUGGAAAAGCAGCAAGAAAAACAAAGGAUUGCUGUAAGCAAGAUGAACAAAGAGCUGGAGGAGAGGGACCAGGAGGUCAAAUCCCAGCAAGAACAGAUACAGGAGCUGGAGAAGCAGCAAGAAUUGAAGAGGACCAUGAUGAACAAGAUGAGCAAGGAGCUGGAGGAGAGAGACCAGGAGGUCAGAUCCCAGCAAGAACUCAUACAGGAGCUGGAGAGGCAGCGAGAGAUGCAGAGGACCAUGGUGAGCAAAAUGAGGACGGAGCUGGAAGAGAGAGACCUGGAGGUCAGAUCCCAGCAAGAAGAGAUACAGGAGCUGGAGAGUCAGCAAGAGAUGCAGAGGACUGCAGUGAGCAAGAUGAGCAAAGAGCUGGAGGAGAGAGACCAGAAGGUCAGAUCUCAACAAGAACAGAUAAAGGAGCUGGAGAAGCAGCAAGAAAAACAAAGGAUUGCCAUAAGCAAAAUGAACAACAAGGUGGAGGAGAGAGACCAGAAGAUCAGAUCCCAGCAAGAAUUUAUAGGGGAGCUGGAGAAACAGAAGGAAUUGCAGAUGGCUGCUGUCAACAAGAUGAGCAAGGAACUGGAGGAGAGAGACCAGCAGGUCAGAUCUCAGGAGGAACUGAUAUGGAAGCUGGAGAAGCAGCAAGAGGUGCAGAGGACUGCGGUGAGCAAAUUGAACAAAGAGCUGGAGAAGAGAGACCAGGAGGUCAGAUCUCAGCAAGAACAGAUACAGGAGCUGGAGAAGCAGCAAGAAAAACAAAGGAUUGCUGUAAGCAAGAUGAACAAAGAGCUGGAGGAGAAAGACCAGGAGAUCAAAUUCCAGGAAGGGAAAAUAACGAUUCUAGAACAACACGGUACAUCACAAGUCAGAAACCUGCUUGUGGAUCUUGAUCAUAUGAAAGGAAACUUGAAGGAGCAACACUUAGAGCUUAUGUCUCUGACUCAGCAGAUCCAAGAACUGGAAAAGGAGAGAGAAGAGGCGAAAUCUCUGCAGGCAAGCCUGGAACACCUGAGGGCAGCUCUGAAGGACAGAGAGAGUGAGUGUGAUUUUCAAAGGGAGCAGUUCAGACUCUUGCAGCAGUCCAGCGAACAGCAAGAGGGGCACCUGCAAGAGCUUCGUGGUAAGGUAGAAAAGAUGACACUUUCUUUAUCUAAAAAAGAUCAAGAACUUGAAUCACAAAAGCAGCAAAUCCAGGAAGCUGAAGAAGUCAUGGAGACGCAGUUAAGGACUGUCCAUGACCAACUGGAGCAGGCCUUGGAAACCUUAAAAGAAAAGGAGGUGCUCAUAGACAUCCAAAAGCAACAAAUAUGGAACUAUGAGGAAAAAACAGAACAGAUGAAUGUCCUACGCAGAGACUUAGACUACACUAAGGCCAUACUGAAGGAAAAGGAAUUCACGAUUGAAUCUCAGAAGGAAAUGAUUGAGACCUUCCAAAAACAAGAACAAGACUCUGAACAGCACAAGGAAAUUCUGCAGCAGCUUCAAGUGGCACUGAAGGAAAGGGAGCAAGAAAUUAUAGCCCUUAGAAAGCAAUGUGAGGCAUGCAAAGAAAAGGAGGAAAAGCAUAAAGCAGAGCAGACAAAUCUUAAAGCAACAAAACUGACUCUGAAAGAAAGAGAAGAAAAGGUAGGUGUUCUGGAGGAGGCUAUCUCCAAGCUUCAACAGCAAAAGGAGGAGGUGGAGAUGCAGACUAAAGUCAUACUGCAAAAACUAGAACAUGCCGAGUCCUCUCUAGAAGUGAGAGACCAAGAGAUAGUGUGUUUGCAAGCGCGUGUCCAGGAGCUUCAAGAGCAGAAGGAGUUGGAAGGCAAGCAGGCCAAGAGUCUACAGCAGGAUCUGGACAAAAUGAACCAAAUAGUGAAGGAGAACCAUUUGGCGUUCCUCCAGCAGACAGAGCAAAUGAACAUGUUCCAGCUUCGUGAUGAAGGCAUGAAAGUAGAACUAACAUUGUGCCAGAAACAAGUGAAUCUGCUUGAGGAAGCGGUGAGGAAGAGAGAUGAAGACAAUGAAACUCUUCUGCAAAAACUCCAGCACCAAGAAGAAGAACUGAAGACCUUGCAGAACCUCCAGCUUAGGCUAACAGAGAAGAAAGAAGAGGUUAGCCACCACAGAGAGCAAGAGAAGCUCCUGGAAGAAGCCUUGCCUGAGAGGGAACAGGAGACCAAGGCUCAAGGUGAGCAAAAAGAGAUAGAAGAGGAGAUAAGAGGUCUCCGGGAAGAUCUCCAGCAUGUUCAGCAGACUCUGACCAAGAAGGAUGAAGAGAUCAGAUCUCAGAGAGACAGAGUCAGCUCUUUAGAGAAGACUCUGAGAGGGAGAGAACAAGAGCUCAGGAGGCAAAGUGAGCUCCUCAAACAAUUAACAUCAGCUUUGCGAUGGAAAGAUGAUACAGAGACUCUCAAGAAGCAAAUUCAGAAACUCCAAAAAUGGGAGGAAGAGGAGGAGGAGAAGAGGAAAGUUCUCCAGGAGAAAGACCGUCUCUUGCAAAGGCAGAAGGAGUUGACCCAACAACUGGAAGAUGAGCGGAAAGCAAAGAGGGAAGAAAUGGAGCAUGUGGUUGCUAUUUUGAAGCACACUGAAAGCGGAGAAAUCGAAUGGAAACAGAAGGCACAAACACUGACUCUUGCCCUCACCAAGAGUGAAACAGCCAAUGGGACUCUGAGGGAAGAAAUCGCCAUCCUGCAGAGUAUGGUUUCAGAGAGGGACAAGGACCGGUUCCAUCUUCAGCAGGAGGUUGCAGACAGGCAGCAGCUGUCCUGGCUCUCGGAGAAGAGACUCCUGUGGCAGCAGCUGGAACGUCUGCAGCGAGCAGUGGCAAGGGUGGACCAGGAGAAGAUGGAGCUGAAGCAAUACAACGCUGAGCUCAGGAGGACUCUUGAGGAGGUGGAAAGUGAACGGAGGAGGCUGAGGAGAUCUUGCCGAGGUCGGGCGCUUCCAGAUGCCUGUGGAUUUUCUCUCUCCCAGUCUGAGCAGCACAAGAUGCCACCUUCUCAGCAGGAGGAGUCUCCCGUGUGCUGCCGUCGUCGCCUGGCGGAGUUGCAGAGCCAGGUGUCCCUUCUGCAGACUCAGCUGGCACAGGAGCGAAAAUACAAGCAGGACUACGUUGAGUGCUGUGCAAAGACCAGCCAGGAGCUUCAAGACCUUCACCAAGAGUUGUCUGACUCCUUGGCAGCUGUGGUCCGGGAUCCCAAGGCGGCUGUUCUGGAGGCAGAGACCCAGAAGCUCGAUUGCUCUCUGAACCUUAACUUGGCACAAGUAUCUCUGGACCAUCACUCUCCUGAGAGACAGCCCUUGCAUUCAACAGCCAGAUUCACCAGGGGUGAUGACCUGAGGUGACAGGACCAGUGCACAGCAAAGGGCCUCAGCAGAAGCCAACUCGGGGACCUGCUGUGGCUGGUGAACUGUGGCAGGGGCUUGGUUCAAGGCCUGAGUCCUGAAGUAGAAGUUCUGAGCACAGCGUUGGCUGCAGGUUCCCCAGCAGAAGCAGUGGUGGGACAAAGCUGGUGCUGGCCCGUGUGGAUGGGGUGAGCCUGGAAAAGCAGGAGGAACCCAAUGAGCAGGUAAAAUGUCUCCUUUUCCAAAGCACUCCAUGACAGCACACCUCCUCUGUCUGCACACAGCCCUCCACAGGAGACUGUUCAUCUCAGUUUCUGCACUGGAUACAAAGACCUUUUGUCUCCUUUUAUUUUUUCAAAUAAAUUCUUAUUGAAUUUU